GUGCAAAAAAUGCAAUUUGAGCAUUUGCAAAAUGUGUCCGGCCUGCAACAGCGCCGAGAGAGCCGAUCGACCCAGAGCCAGCCUGAACAAUUACAAGCGCAGAAGAAGAAACCCGAGCAAACGAACUCACGGGUACAAAAACGACGAUUUGACGAUAACGUCGGAUUCGGACGCCACCUACUCGACCUGCGAACGAAAAAAAAUCAUCAGAUCGAACAAAUUAAGAAGCUGCCACAGAUGCAAGAAGGUAAUUCUCGACAAGGAGUACGACGACGAGGACGAAUCGUUGAGCAGCAGCACGAGCGAUCAGACUUUAUGCAGCGAGAGAUCCAAGUACACGUGCUACUGCAGCAAAAAUCAUUCGCACGAGGACUUGACCUUCGGAUCGAGAACGAAAGACAAGAGGACGGUCGAGGACAGCGAGCUCGAGCGAUUUCGCGGCGGCAACGACGAGUGGAACACGCUGGGCUCCUCCGCCUUCGGACAAAAGUCGACGUCGAUCGGCGACGAGACUCGCUCGUCUCUCGUAGCGGCUGAUUUCAUCGAAAAUUUCAAGCACUUGAAAAUCGAGAAGCUGCGCGACGGCCUCGAGCGCCUGAAGAUCCGCAAUCGCGAUCUCCAAGGCUUCCUGCGCAAUCUCCAGCAGCCCAUCGACGACGACGACGACGAAGCCGCCUCCACUGCCGUCUGCACUCGAUCGGUGUCGUCCAGCAACACGAGCAACGCCACCACGACCGUCGAAGCGCGCCGAACGACGACGACGCGCAGCAGUUCGCAGCUGUUGUCGAGCGUCAGGGCCCUCGAGACGGACUGCCGUAACAAGGACGCGAUAAUCGCGGCUCUGGCCGAGGAGCUCAAGAGGGACGUCGUUGCCAAGGAGUCGAAACUUCGAGGAUUUCAGGUGGUGGCCAAUGGAGGCAAGGGAGCAGCGAGAUUCAGCAAGAUGGACUCGGCGGUGGGCUUCUUCGUCAUCGCUCUCAUACUGGUGUCGCACGUGCAAAAGUCCGAGCUCGCCCUGUACCUGAGGCAGUCGAGGACGAUACUGCAGUCGUCGCUCGACGGCUCGGUUCGAUUAUCGGCUGCUCUCUGGGAGCUGCUGCAAGAGAAAUCGACGGAACUCUACGAACGUUACGCGCUCGGAGCAGCGAUGUUAUCCAACGAGAUACUGUCGUCGAGCGAAAAAUUAUUCGCGGCUUCGCGAGUCGCUAGACUCUGGCGAUUCUUGGAGCCCAAGACCGAUCUCAUAUUCUGCAUGUACGCAUUGGCGAGCUUGGCGCUGGCGAUCGUCGUCGUAGGCAGGAGGAGACGACGAUUUCUCUGCAAUUACACCAGCAGCAGCAGCAUGCCUCGCUGCAAAUUACUGCUGACCCUCUAUCAGUUCUUCUGCGCCCUGCUGAAGAUCGUCGAGGAGCGCAUCUACUCGUCCAAGCUGUUCUGGCUGCUGGUGGGUUUCUGCACUCACGCGCUCCUCUUCAAUUUGCUCUACUUCAAGGAGGACCUGAGGCAGCUCGUGCACGGCUUCGGUCUCCAUUGUCAGAGAGAUCAUCAGCAUCAUCACAAGCAGAGAAUUGUGCUGAGCAAGGAUCGAGUGCAGAGCGGUAUCGGCAACGAAUCGUCGUAUUAUUCGUCCCUCUGGUCUUUGGCCUGUUUUUACCUUUCCAAGUUCAACGACGAGUUGCAGCCUCUUGUUAAUUAUGUAUCUCGCGGCUUCAAGCGAUAUUUUUAA